ACUAGCAAACAUUAGGCAAAACAAACUGGCGAUUUUUUAACACUUUUUUCUAUCUUGGCGCGAUUUCGCUGAGAAGAAAUGAAUGGAACACGUAAAAUAAAGUCCCUAAAGACCAUUCGCUUGGGCGACGUAUUGUACGACGAGCAGAAACGUCUUUUAACACUGUGCCGUAGUUGCGAACGCCACUUUAUGACGUUCCAAUCGUUCCAAAACCACUUAACCGACUGCUCGGGCCUUAAACAUAUAGUAACGCCGGUUGAUCCACUCACCUACGAUGAAACCAAGCGGGAAACGAGACUGGUUAAUGGCAGGCAGGAGCUCUACAUCUAUGACAUUGAGGCUGUGAAGAGUUCUAUCAGUGCCAACAGCGUCAUCGACUGGGAAGCGGAACUGGAGGAUCCGCGCUGGUACACCGACCCCAAGCCCGCUGUACAAACCCUGCCCAAAACUAAGUCCAAGGAGAAUGUGGUAAAGGAGUAUCUAGUUCAGUUGACCGAGGAGCCGCCGGAAAUGGAGGUGGUGCCCACCAAACGUCAGCGUAGCCUUAGCGAUCUCCGCCGACCCAUUCUGACUGCCCAGCAGCAGCGAAGGUCACGUAUCAGCCUUCCUUCGCCGCAUCCACCAACGGCAAAAACGAAAAAAGACACCAUCCUGGUGCCCAAUGUUCUGGAGGACCUAAAGCGUCUGCAGGAGUCGCCCGAAAAGAAGAGUAUAGCUCCUAAAGUGUCGGAAUCUCCAAAUGAAACGCGUUCAAGGGCUGCCAGGACAUCACAAUUACCUGCUCCGAGGACAUCACACUUAUCUGCUGCAAAGACUUCACAAUUACCUGCUCCGAGGACAUCCCAGUUAGCUCCUCCAGUGGCAUCUGAAAAACCUCCUCCUAACACAUCUCAAAAACCUGCUCCUCCCAAUGCAGUUCUCAAUGAAUCUCCACCCUUGGAAAGCCCACCCAUCGAUGGCACCCAAAAAAUCCUCAACAAAUUGAGAGCCUGCGGUGUGGACGUGAAACGGGGAAAUACCCUACUGAAUGUAAAUCCCUCAAGUGAACAAAAUCCAACCAAAAACCAAGAGACCCUGGACAUAAUGCGAAAGCUGCAGUCAAAAGGUAUUAGAUGCACCAAAGUCAAAAAACCAUAGGGCUGAUAGUUGUAAUUGCUUAGCUUAGGAAAUGUUUUUACAAUAAAACAUGCCUCUGGAGGCAAUGUAUUAGCAAUUU